CGGGUUUAAUAGGAAUGGAAGGCAGCUAGUUUGAUGCUUCUAGUAAGCUAGCAAGAAAUAAAGAACUGAAGUACUGAAUUAGGUCACCAACCCAGAGUUGCUUUAUUCUAAUAUUUAAUUCUUCACAUUGUAUACACACACAGCGCAAGUGUGGCUCUCUAUCCUUCCAGCUAAUAAUAAUUUUAAGCCCAAAGAAGCAGAAUGAGCGUGGUAGAGAUGUUGACUCAGCUAGGCUCAGCAAUUGGUGGCCUAUUGCUUGCCUGGGCUAUGUUUGAGCGAUAUUUUCCCCUUCAACUUCGCCGCUAUGUUGAUAGAUAUGGUCAGAAGUUGGUGGGUCUUUUCUAUCCAUACCUCCAAAUUACCUUCCAUGAAUACACAGGGGACCGUUUCAGGCGCAGCGAGGUCUACUCUGCCAUUCAAAGCUACCUUAGCGCAAACUCCUCCGAGCGAGCCCAGAGGCUCAUGGCUGAUGCUGUCAAGGGAAAUCAGUCUGUGCUUCUUACCAUGGACGACCAUGAGGAAAUUACUGAUGACUUCAAUGGGAUUCAGAUCUGGUGGGCUUCAAGAAAAAACAUCCCCAAAACACAGUCCUUUUCUUUUUAUCCUGAAUUGGAUGACAGGAGAUAUUUCAGGCUCACAGUACAUAGGCGUUAUCGAGAUAUAAUCACCAAAUCUUAUAUAGAUUAUGUUGUGAAAGAAGGAAAUGAAAUUGCAAUCAAGAAUCGGCAGAGAAAGCUCUACACCAACAAUUCUAGUAAGUGGAAUCAUGUGGUGUUUGAGCACCCUGCGACUUUCGAUACUUUGGCAAUGGCAACAAAGAAGAAGCAAGAAGUCAAGAAUGACCUUAUCAAGUUCAGUAAGGGGAAAGACUACUACACUAAGAUUGGGAAGGCCUGGAAGCGUGGUUAUCUCCUUUAUGGUCCUCCAGGAACUGGGAAAUCAACUAUGAUAGCUGCCAUGGCUAAUUUCUUGAAUUAUGAUGUCUAUGAUCUCGAGUUGACUACAGUCAAAGACAACAGCGAGCUUAGGAAGCUUCUGAUACAGACAACGGGUAAGUCUAUUAUUGUGAUUGAGGAUAUUGAUUGCUCUUUAGAUCUGACCGGUCAGAGAAAGCCAAAGAAGGAGAAAUAUGAUGAAGAAGAAGAGAAAGAUCCAAUUUCAAAGAAGAAAAAGGAAGAAGAAGCAGAAAGCAAGAAAGAAAGUAAGGUCACUUUAUCUGGUCUUUUAAAUUUUAUUGAUGGAAUUUGGUCAGCUUGUGGAGGAGAAAGAAUAAUUGUUUUCACUACAAAUUAUGUGGAAAAGCUUGAUCCUGCUUUAAUUAGAAGGGGAAGGAUGGAUAAGCAUAUAGAAAUGUCUUAUUGUUGCUUUGAAGCAUUCAAAAUUCUUGCUCAGAAUUAUUUAGAUAUCGAAUCCCAUGAGCUGUUUGCAAAAAUUGGCCAAUUGUUGGAGGAAACGAAAAUGUCACCAGCUGAUGUUGCAGAGAAUUUAAUGCCAAAGUCAGAUGAUGAAGACGAAGAGACUUGUCUUAAGAAGUUGAUUGCUGCUCUGGAGACAAUAGAGGAAGAAGCAAAACUGAAAGAAGCAAGAAAGAAGUCUGAGGAAGAUGCAAAUUCGAAAACGGAACAGGAAUUGAAAGAGAAAGACCAAUUACCUAUAGAAGAUGAGAGGGACGAUAGUGACGUAUCUAAAGAAAUCAAAGAUAAUGGAUUGAUUUCAAACGGGAAAAAGGAGGCUUCCCUUUGAAUACCAAUUGGGUUGUUGCAGAAUGUAGAUUUGUAUGCAAGUCAUCAUGAAUAAAUAGAUUCGUAUGUAAGUGAUCAUGAAUAACAAAGUCACAAAUAUACAUCAGAAUGUAGAUUCCUAUUCCUGCUCUCAAGGCCUUUACUUCAAGGGGCUUUAUCUCGAGCUCUGUAUUUUCAAGCAAGCGAGUUUCAACUCUAAACCUAA